CCCUCGCGGAGUUGGGAGAAGCGAUGGCUCCUGAGAUGGGUGGGCGGGUGGCCGUCGUGGUGGGAGGGAGCGUGGCCGGCCUGGCCUGCGCGCACGCGGUGGCGGCGGCGGGGUGGAAGGCGGUGGUGCUGGAGAAGGCGGCGGGCCCGGCGGCCGGAGGCGGCACGGGCGCCGGGCUGGGCCUGGACGCGCAGUCUAUGGAGACCCUCGCCCGCUGGAUCCCUGGGUGGGGUCUCGACGCGGCCACGCUGCCGCUCGCCGUCGACCUGAACAGGGCAACGGACAGCGAGACGAAGGCGGCGCAGACGCUGACGAGGGACGAGGGGUUCGACUUCCGCGCGGCGCACUGGGGCGAGCUGCACCGGCGGCUUCACGAGGCUCUGCCGGCCGCGGUGACCGUGCACUGGGGCCACCAGUUCCUUUCGUUCGAGGUGUCGGACUCGGACGACGGUGGUGGCAAACGCGGCGGGGUCGUCGCCACGGCUCGCCUGCUCGGAACCGGUGAAACGGUGGAGGUCGCCGGGGAUUUGCUGGUCGCGGCGGAUGGCUGCACGUCGUCGAUCCGCCGGCGCUUCCUCCCUGACCUCAAGCUCAGGUACUCCGGGUACUGCGCAUGGCGAGGCGUGUUCGAUUUCACCGGGAAGGAAAGCUCUGGCAUCAUCACCGGCAUCCGAAGAGCGUACCCAGAGCUCGGCAGCUGCCUGUACUUCGAUCUGGCCGAGAAGACUCACGCCGUGCUCUACGAGUUGCCCGGGAACAGGCUCAACUGGCUGUGGUACAUCAACGGCCCAGAGCCAGAGCUCACAGGGAGCUCGGUGACGAUGAAGGUGAGCGACGCCACGCUGGCAGGGAUGCAGGAGGACGCCGAGCGCGUCUGGUCGCCGGAGCUGGCGCGGCUGAUCAGGGAGACGGCGGAACCCUUCGUGAACGUGAUCUACGACGCGGACCCGCUGCCGCGGCUGUCGUGGGCGGGCGGCAGCGUGGCGCUGGUCGGCGACGCGGCGCACCCGACCACCCCGCACGGGCUGCGGAGCACCAACAUGUCCGUCCACGACGCCCGCGUGCUCGGGGAGUGCCUCGCGAGGUGGGGGCAGACGCCGCCGCCACGCGCUCUGGCCGAGUACGAGGCCGCGCGGCUGCCGGUCGUGGCGGCGCAGGUGCUGCACGCCCGCAGGCUCGGGCGGCUGAAGCAGGGCCUGCCGGUGGAGGACGGUGACGCCGGGGCUUUCGACGCGUGGGCGGCAACGGCGGAGGAUGCUCUGCAGUUGCGGCAGAGGGGCAUGCCGUAUUUUGGCGGCGCGCCGACUGUUGACGGCGGUAGUUUGUGAGUUACGAAUUUUGAUGCUGGACUGCCGGUGAAUGGACACAAAUCUAUAUCUCAUUUGUGUAUUUUUUUUCUUUCAAAAGUAUGUUUGUAUUCAAAUCACCAAAUAAUACAAGGUCCUUGACCGUACAAGCACAGCCUUA